AAAUUCAUGUAUUUAAUUUAAUCAGUCAUGGAGUGAUAUAAAAAAAAUCAGUGUAAAGUUUUGUGUUAUGCAAGAAUAUGUUUGAAUAGACUUUCGAAGAGUCAUGUCAGAGGAACAUGACAAAGACUGUAUUAAUAGUGAUGGUCAAACGAACGAGGAACAGUGCGAUACGAGCGGAAACAUUGAUAAGGUGACAGAUCCAGCGACGGAACAAAGUGCCAAUAUAAACGAAACCAGUGCCAUAGAAACUAGUCAAAGUGAAUUUAAUGAAAAUGAAGAUUUGUGUGAAGAUGUUGAAGAGACAGCGAUCAGUUGGACCGUCGAAGGCUCGGAGUUCAAGAUAUCGUGGAAGUUACCUGAAGGAUCCACUAGUGAAGAAGACUACAUCGGUCUGUGUUAUAAAGAGUCGGCGGGCGUCGCCGGCGUGGUCGGGCGCGUGCCGGCGACCGGAUGUGCCACCGGCGACAUAAUGUGGCUGCUUGAUGAGCCCAAUCAGCCCUAUGAAGAUUGCGAGCAGCUCCUCUGCUUCCGGUAUUACAAUGGCGAGAGCGACGACUGCGUGGCGGAGUCCUCCACACUCCCGCCGCGUUUCAAAGUCGACCUUAAGAAACUGCCUCUUCGUCUUAAAGAAGGGAUGUCAAGGAAACGAAGCGGCGACCGCGUGUCGCCUUUCUCUUACAACAACGAGAGCUUCGAGAUGAACUCCGAGAACGUCCCUCGAGUGGAGCACGUAUCGGGCACCAGUCAAGACAUCAAGCAUCUUAGCGACAACGUCGACAAAUGCUCAAUUAGCGCUUUAGCUAGUAGCGAGAACAAACUCGAACAAACAAAAUGUGAUCCUAGCAAAUCUUUUAUUAGUAACUUAGGUAAUGAAUCUCAGUCUGUAAAUAGUGAAUCUCAUCUUGCUAUAGAAUGUAGGCCGACGUCCUCCGGAGUGAAGAAAAAAUACCCGCCCCCCGUCGACACCGCCGGCUGCAUGACUUUGAAUGGCGUUAAAAAGAAAUCGAAAACGAAUAGCGGUUUCGACUCGCCCACUUCGCCCGAAACCGAGUAUUAUAAAAUAUGGUCGCCAAAGAAUCCUUGCAAAAUAAUGAAAUUCGUAUAUGACGUGGAAGGUGCCAACGUGCCAAAUGAAGCGGAAAAAUCUCCGGUACCUCCCCUACCGCCAAGACAAUCGCACAAACCGCUGGAGAGAAUGCACGCAUUGUCUCCACCGCAGGUACCGAGGCACAGAAAGCCAAAAAAACUCACAAAGCCCGAAGACGCGUUUACGUUCGAGUUGAUAGACACAGACGAACAGUUUUUUACCGAUAAAAAUAUUAACAAUUCAUCUGUUCUACAAGGAGGAAUUAAUGACUUCAGGCCGGGGGAGUUUUUCUCCGGUAAACAGGUAGCUAUGUCCUCGACUACAAGUUUUUGGAGAGAGGGUCAAAACGUGGCCCCUCUGGCUACACCUGAGACCGAUGGCAGCUUAUGCGAGUCGACUGUUUCUUCGAUGAAAUUAUCUAAGUUAAACGAUGAUAGAAGAACUAACGAUGUACCUGGUUCACCUAGUGUAAGUAGGAAUAAAAUUAUGUUUAUAAAAGAUAUUGGACCUGAUAAUUAUAUAACGACGACGUUUGUACGAAAAGACAAACCUAACGUCAUCAGCGACGUCGUAGAUGGAUCAAAUCCAACGCCAAAUUACUCAAAGUCUGAAGAAAAAGCUCAGAAUACUUUUAUAAAUGAUAUUAGUAGUCAAUCAGAAUUCGAAGAUGACAACAGAAACCAAAUAGAAGAGAAGGAGAUAACGGUUAUGAAAGGACACAAGCCGCUGACGAGGCAAAGUUCCGGUCGCGCAAAUACUCCCACCAUGAUGACUGAAGCGUCAGCGUUGUACAACGGCAACUCUACACUAAAGCACAUGAUAUCAAAGAUCCGGCGCGACACCUCCUCCUUCGAGCGGUACCAGCACAACCGCGAUCUGGUGGCGCUUGUCAACAUGUUCAGCGAGCAAGACCGCGACCUUCCUCUCGGCUGGGAUACCAAGCUCGACCGCAACGGAAAGCGUUUCUUCGUGGACCACGUGCUGCGGCGGACGACGUUCAUGGACCCGCGGCUGCCGCGCGCCGCCCGGCCCGCCGCGCGCCUCGCCGCGCCCUACUCCCCGCUGCCGCAGCGCCGCCGCCUGCACGACCAGGCUCCAACGCCACCUCCGCGGCCUCCUGUCAGCUCAUCAGAUGCGUAUGCGCAUAAUUCACACCAAGAAAUACCAGUCGCGUACAAUGAUAAGGUGGUGGCAUUCCUCCGUCAGCCGAAUAUAAUGUCAAUAGUGCGGGAGCGCUGCGCCUGCAGCAGCGCUCUCAGGGACAAGAUCAACGCCGUGAGGGUCGAAGGUGCUCACGCGCUUGCACGACACCAGAACGAUGUACAACUCACAUGCUUACUCAGCCUAUUCGAACAGGAGAUAAUGAGCUACGUGCCGGCUGGUGUGUGCGGGGGUUGCGCAGGGUGCGGCGGGUGCGGAAGUUGCGGCUCCCCCGCGGCGUCACCGGCGGCUGCGCGCUGCACCCGUGCACCCGCGCCGCAGCGACGCGACUUCGAGGCCAAACUGCGCGCCUUCUACAGAAAACUGGAGACUAAGGGCUAUGGACAAGGGCCCGGGAAACUCAAGCUGCACAUUCGACGCGAGCAUCUUCUAGAAGACGCGUUCCGUCGCAUCAUGUCGUGCGGCAAGAAGGAGCUGCAGAAGGGCAAGCUGAACGACACGUAUACAGUCCACGUAUCACCUAUGUCCGCAUUUGUUGACAACCACCAGGAAUGGUUCAGGUUCUCCGGCCGCGUGCUGGGGCUGGCACUCGUGCAUGGCUACCUGCUGGAGGCGUGGUUCACACGCGCGCUGUACCGAGCGCUGCUGCGGCUGCCGCCUGCGCUGGAAGAUGUAGACGCACUCGACGCGCAGUUUGCCGCCUCAUUGCGAUGGUUGCAGUUAUUGCACAGGUUUACCAACGAGCAGAGAUUGCGGCUUGUACAGUUCGUGACUGGGACGUCUUCGAUCCCGUACGAGGGUUUCUCUGCACUGCGCGGGUCGACUGGGCCGCGCCGCUUCUGCAUAGAGCGGUGGGGCCGCGUGGAGUCGCUGCCGCGCGCGCACACCUGCUUCAACCGGCUCGACCUGCCGCCCUACCCCACGCCGCAGCUGCUGCACGAGAAACUAUUGCUCGCCGUCGAAGAGACCAACACCUUCGGCAUCGAGUGAACUGCACCGCUUUAAUGCAAUUCUAUUGUAAAAAUUUAGUACUUGAUAUUUAUUUGUUAACUUAUUGUCGCUUGUAGUUUACUUUGACAGUGUACCAGUUGUAACUCAUUGCCUGAACGCCCUGUUCAAUUCAUUAUAACUAUAACCCAAAAGAUUACAAGUAAUGUAUGUACUCAUAGGGACUGUGUAAAUAAUAGUCAAUUGAUAGCAUAGUCAACAGACAAAGAUAGUGUAGUUGUAUAUGUUGUAGACAUUUAUCAGUGUAACUAGCCACUUGUGUAGUUAUUGAGGUUUUUACUUUAAUAAUGCUUUUAUUGUAAGUAAUGUAUAAUGUGGCUGUGAUGCGGGGCUCGGGCCCCAUUAUUUAGAUAUUAUGCUUUGAUGUCACUAAUUUAUAGUUUUGCUGUACUCCAAUAUUCGAUUCAGGGAACAUGUUUGUGGCAAAACAUAAAGGUAGAACUAAACAUAAGUAUUAAUUACAAAGUAUUACAAAAUUAUCUUUAUUGCUUGGAAACGGAAGCUACAAAUAAUCUCCAAAUUUACAAAUAGUACCUAGUCAGCUAUCAUAUUCGCUUGCAUAAACAUAAUAGCAGAAAUAUCGCCUGCGAUGGACACUUUAAAAUUUAAGUAACAUUAAAUUUUCAAUAUGGAUAUAAUGUAUUUUAUUUUCUUUGUAAAAAUGUUCCUCACUUGUGUACCAGAGCUCUUAAAGUUGCUUCUAUCAAACUAGGGUGUUCUUAGUUAAAAGGAAAUUUUGGUUGCAAUGUGUAUAUAUUCAUUAUUUAUUGUGCUCGUGUAAAAAUCAAGUAUGACUUUGUUUCUUUUUAUAAGUAAAUACCUCUAUUAUGUUGAAUAUUUACCUACUUUGGAUAUUUUAUUGUGUAUAUUUUAAGUUGUUUUUGUGUGGAUGUGAUAAAAUGUCAAUAUACAAUAUUACUUAACAAACUGUGGUUUUAUUUACAUUGACAAUGUGGUUCGCCACAAGUCUGUCAAGCUCUGAACCUAGCUACCGACCAAUGGAAACUCUUCAAAUAACACAAGUAUUUGACAUUCUAAUUGUGGCCGUGAGAAACUUAAUGUCCCACAUUCAUGAUAAACAUUUUUUGAGCCUCAGAACUUAUACAAAUUAGUAUUUCUUGUCCGCAUUAAAUAUUGUAAGGUUACAUUCUAGAUGUUUCUUUUCAGAAUUUAGCAUUUAUAUUUUCUAUAAAAAAGAAAAGUUGUGGAUCUAUACUCUCAAAAAUUAAAUCUUCAAUGGUGAAUUACUUGAAGAAACUCAGUAUGCAUUACCUCUUCAAAAAAUAUAUCAAGUGCUGAAUUUUAUAAUUAAAUGUUUAUCAUGAACAGGACUUCCUAACAUUAAAUUAGUUCAAUUUAUUGUAACAUACAUUAUUGUAAUGUAAAAACUUUUUCAAUACUUAAUGUCAAUACUUCAAUUCCUGAAUACACUUAGCUUUAAUAAACUAGUAAAUUAUGGAGCAUUAUGAACUCCGCAGCCUAAAUGACCUCAUAACUUACUUUGAAAAUGCAAGGGGGAGGAAAUAUAGAAGGUUAAGUUGGACAUGGAAUUUCAACACUUCCAAGUAUACAAAAAUAAUUAAGCAAACUCACACAUACAAAACGUUUUAUUUUUUUUAAGUUUGUGUAACAACAAAAUCAACCUUGUUUGACCUUAUCUUUUAAAACAUAUAUAACUAUUUACAGAAAAGUCUGCAUUCCUUAACACAAACUCAUGAUAUAAAAUGCAAAGGGUUAUUUCAUCACGUUCUACACUAAGUUGUGACGGAGUUAUGUUAUAGUUUGUCACAGUCUGUAAGAUUAACAUCCCUAGUAUUAACUGGCAAAAGUUAACUCAUAGCUGUGGCUACAAUGAUAAAAGCUACUGUGAUGAUAGAUUCAUAUGCAUUAAUGUGAAGUCAGAAUAUCCUCCCCCCUUCAUUACAUCUCAAGUAAAA